GGCAGCCAGAGUAAAACCCGGCGGGAGUAGCAGGAGGCUCGGCCAGAGGCGUAGGGAGGUUGGAGGCUUCACUCAUUGAGGCAACCGCAUCUUCACAGUUGACGGGGUAAAGACCCUGACGCACACGGGCUGGGCAAUUCAGCUAAAGAGUCGGGAGCGACGGCUUGCCUUCGUCCGACUGACCGCUAGAAGCAAUCGCCGUUUCCGUUAUUAAUUGGGAACUUUUUUUCCUCCUCCUGCCACGUGUUGAACUUAUGGCACACUUCCUCGACGGCGAUGGCACUGAAAUCUGACGGAACGGCAACUCUACCGGCUACAUCUGCAGAAGGAUCUUUAUAACAUCUUACCGUUCAGUUGGCCAAGAAGAAAUCUACUUGACGCUUAACUUUUGGGAAGGGGGAGUGGGAGGCUCUUUUGAAACGUUUAAAAGACUAAGGAAAUUAAACAUUAUGAUAUCCCGAAGAUUGUAAAAGCGCCAUGUCUAACCCCACGGAACAGAAGGAAGUUGGCCUGGUUUACCAUGUGAAUGGAAGCGCCUACCCCGUUGAUGCUGGCUCUGACGACUUCGCCAUCUCCAUCACCCCCAGUUCGUCCAAGGAGCUGGUGGAGACGGAAAGCUCAGAAUAUUUAACGGAGGAGAGGGAGCAAAUUGAGAGGACGGAGGCUGUUGUGAGAGACUCCCGUGCCAAUGCCAAAGGUGUGAGAGAGGAAGACGCUCUACUGGAGAACGGGAGUCAGAGCAUCGACAGUGAUGAUAUUAGCAGCGACCCCAGCCGGGCGCCAGAUUCCCUUAAAGAGACCUCCUUUUCCAUUGGACUACAAGUUGUCUUCCCAUUCCUGCUGGCAGGUUUUGGCACGGUAGCAGCUGGAAUGGUCUUGGACAUUGUACAGCACUGGAAUGUUUUCAAAGAGGUGACGGAGGUGUUCAUUCUCGUCCCAGCUCUGCUUGGUCUCAAAGGCAAUCUGGAAAUGACCCUGGCUUCCAGACUCUCCACUGCAGCUAACAUCGGGCAGAUGGACUCGGCUGCAGAGCAAUGGAAGAUGAUCACGGGGAACCUGGCUUUGAUACAGGUCCAGGCGACUGUGGUUGGUUUCCUCGCGUCCGUGGCUGCCGUAGUGUUUGGCUGGAUUCCUGAGGGUCACUUCCAACUGGAUCAUGCUCUCCUGCUGUGUGCCAGUAGCAUGGCAACAGCAUUUAUAGCUUCCCUCAUAUUGGGGGUAAUCAUGGUCGGUGUAAUUAUUGGCUCCAGGAAGAUCGGCAUCAAUCCAGAUAAUGUUGCCACGCCCAUUGCUGCUAGUCUGGGGGACCUCAUCACCUUGGCACUGCUCUCUGGAAUCAGCUGGGGUCUCUAUAUACAACUACAAGCGCACCCGUACAUCAACCCUCUAGUCUGUGCUUUCUUUGUGGCAUUAACCCCGCUCUGGAUCAUCAUAUCAAAGAAGAAUCCAGCCACACGAGAGGUGCUCUACUCCGGCUGGGAGCCUGUAAUUAUCGCAAUGACAAUCAGCAGUGUUGGUGGACUGAUUUUGGAUAAAACCGUAUCUGAUCCAAACUUCGCAGGGAUUGCUGUUUUCACCCCAGUUAUCAACGGUGUUGGCGGAAACCUGGUGGCCGUGCAGGCCAGCAGAAUUUCGACCUACCUCCACCUGUCCGCAGUGCCCGGUGCGGCCCCGGGAGGCAUACGUAAGAGCUGCCCGAGCCCCUGCCGGACCUUCUGUAGCUCAGAUUUAAAUUCAAGGUCGUCUCGGGUGUUGUUUCUUCUUGUUGUACCUGGACACUUGGUCUUUUUAUAUAUCAUCAAUUCCAUGCAAGGGGGACACACAACACUCACACCUAUAUUUAUCGCAUUCUACAUGAUGGCUGCUCUACUGCAAGUGCUGAUCCUGCUGUACGUCGCUGACUGGAUGAUCCAUUGGAUGUGGGGACGGGGCAUGGAUCCCGAUAACUUCUCUAUUCCUUACCUGACAGCGCUGGGUGACCUGCUGGGGACGGGCUUCCUUGCACUCAGCUUCCAUAUCCUCUGGUUGAUCGGAGAUCGAGAUACAGAUGUCGGUGAUUAAAUUGAAAGCCUCCUCCUGUCGACCCCCCCACCCCCACCCCCAAUGAAAUAGGUGGGGGUGGAGUAGAAUCAGCAAGUGCAAUUCAAUGAAGAUAACUUUUAAUGAAAUUUUACACUAUGGAGACUGUUUCUUGUACAGCCCAUUGCAACAACCAAUGGAUAUACCUAAAUAGACUGCAAAUAGUGCUUUGACCAAGAAAGGUCAUAAAUUAAAUCCCUGCUGUAUUUGUUAAAACUGGAUUCUGCAGCAUGGUAAAGAGGACACUGACUUCAGAACUGGAAGCUGCUAAUUCAAGUUAACAUUGGUUAAUAUUUUUAUCGUGCAAGGAGUUGUAGCCGGUUAUUUGGACAUUAAGUACAUGCCGGUUUUUUUUUCUUCCCUGACACACACAGAACAGUCUUCCCGAGGGAACCUGCUGACAGUUGAAAAUCUGCGAGGGGAUAUUCUGGUGUAACAGGGUGGAAAGUCUAUUUUACACUUUUUUUUCUAAUUCAUGGGACAAUUAUGAAUUCACGAGCAUGAUCAGUGUUGUGCAUUGUGCAAAUUUGCUUCAUCUACAUUGCUAGAUGUGGGGAGAAAGAUCCUCUAUGAUGUAUCAUUUAUAUCUAUAUCUACAGAUCUAGAUAUAAAUAUACAGAUAAAUGCCUAUAUCAUUAAUUUUUGUUGCCUCUUGUUUGGUAGGAGCUGCCAGAUUUGAUGUAGGUAACACUUAGAAUCUAUUUCUGACUAUUUCCCAACAUAAGUCUGGUGUCAGAAUGCAGAGGCAAACUCCCUCUGAAUACCCAUGCCACUUUUGGAUCUUUCCACUGUCUUUGGAAAUUCGCCCAACCCAGUAACAUAGGUGCAGAACGGAAUUGGCCCCCCGGCAGGCUGGGACUCGAGUAAGGAAACAGAGGUCAGCUCAGAACAGUGACGGCGAAUGCAGUCACCAAAGUGACUAUUCUUCUUCAGAUCACUUAACACCCCUCACUGGGCUGGACUCUCGGAUCUUGUCUAGAUGUAGAACUUUAGGACAAUAUAUUUUAUUCUGGAAUGACUCAACGUUUUGGCAUUAAACCAAAAAGUGCCCUAUAAGAUAUGAACAUCUGCCUGAAGCCAGAGUUGUAGCUAUCAUUGUUAAUGGAAAAUAAUUUUGCUUCAUGGAGCUUAAAACUCUACAGCACAGCACAGGCCCUUCAGCCCACAAUGUUGUGCCAACCUUUUAACAUACUCUAAGAUCUAUCUAACCCUUCUCUACAAUGUAGUCUCCAUUUUUCUUAUCAUUCUUGUGCCUAACUUAAGAGUUUUAUUAAAUGUCCCUAAUGUAUCUGCCUCUACCUACUACCCCGGCAGGGUGUUCCACUCAUCCACCGCUCUGUGUAUACAGUAUAUAAAAAAAACAGUUUACCUCUGCCAUCUACUUUCCUCCCAUCGCAGUAAAAUUAUCAUCAUCAUGCCCCGUGUCGUAUGAUGUUGGUGACCAUGAUUGUUCUUGGCAAAUUUUUCUACAGAAGUGGUUUGCCGUUGCCUCCUGGGCAGUGUCUUUACAAGACCCCCUCCAUUAUCAAUACUCUUCAGAGAUUGUCUGCCUGUGGUCACAUAAACCAGAGCUUGUGAUCUGCACCAGCUGCUCGUACGACCAUCCACCACCUGCUCCCAUGGUUUCGCGUGACCCUGAUCGGGGGGCUAAGCAGGUGCUACACCCUGCCCAAGGGUGACCUGCAGGCUAGUGGAGGGAAGGAGUGUCUUACACCUCCUUUCGUGAAAAUGUAUCUCCACCCCACCACCCAAAGUUAUGCCCUAUCUUAUUAGCCAUUUACACCCUGGGGAACAGUCUCUGAGUAUCCACUUGAUAACGGUUUCUCACAAGUGCCAGUUUAUACCAUACUGCUAACACAGGUUAAGUUAGUGUACUACAAAGUUGCAAAGUGACCCUCUGUUUUAACAAAGAUCAUUGGUAAAGCAUCUACAGGCUGAGCAAACUUGAUUGAAUGUAGUGGUUUCCCCUAGUGAUUUUCACAACACAUUGUCACAUGCACUCACUGUGAGGUGCUUGAUUUUUUUUUAAAAAAGAAAACUUCUUAAACUGUCUAAAUACUGAAAUCAUUCAACUGUAAAAUAGGUAUAUUGGUCACAAGAUAUUGUACCACAAACUGACUGGUUUCUCAAGACAAACUGAAAUUCUCAGUUAACUGUCCUUGGCUAAUGACUGUGCAUAGUGGUCUGUUGAACCAGUAUGGUAAAUGGUUUUUAAUGAAUCUCAGUUGACCAAAAGUGUGUUUCAUCAGAGCCGCUCGAAACUUUUAAACCAUGCAUCUCAGUCUCUGAUAGAAAAUGCACGUAGACAGAUCAGUCACAGGGAAUCCAUCAAGCAUCCUUUUGUACACUUCUCUAUAUUGCACUUUUUUUUCCUUACAGCUCCCAAAGAUUAUUGCAAAAGAGUGUUUAGCAUGUGGUGGUGGCCUUGCGUUACUGAAAAUUCAUGGAGUUUGAAACACAGAAAUUCAUCUUCAGUCACCUGUGCUAAGCAGUGGGUACAACACAGUGGUGAGGCACUGUAAUGCACUUGUGAAGUUCACUCCUGAAUUCAGUCGAGCCAAAUUUCAUGAGCCGAGUACAAUAGGCAGCUGGUACUAUUUUGCACGCACAUCAGAGAGUAGAAGUCCAGCUCUUUACAAUUUCUCCUGGCUUUUUCGCUCAGAGGUUGGUGAAGCUCUGGAAUGCGGGGGCUGUGGAGACUCAAUCACUGAAGGUAUUGAAAGAAGUCAUGGAUAGGUCUUUCCAAAGAUCAGGGGAUGUAGAUCUAUGAGGACGUGAGAUUGGAAUCUGGAGCUCGAAUCCAGGUGAAGGAUCUUCAGUCCUGUUCCCUCCCACAGAUGCUGCCUGAUCCACUGUUGUGUGUGAGAAUCUGCCAUGUUGCUUUGGUCUAUGGGCAUCUGCUACAAAUAAGGAGCUGGGAUAGAUCUGCCACAGUCAUACUGAAUGUUGGGGUGAGCUUGAGGAGCCGGCUGACCCUGUCCUGUUAUUGCAUUCAUUUCUGAAUGGUUAAUCUGGAGAUUUUUGGACAAGGUGGUGGAAUGGUUGUCUCUAUCAUCAAUGUCCCUGGUCCUUUAUGUUCAUCAGUUCAUGUAUCAGGGUUGCAACUGCCCUUGAAUCACGAAGGAAGUUAAUCUUUUUUUCUGUUUUUUUGCUGCUCCUCUCUCAUCUCUGCUGGCUGAUUGUCUUGACCAUCUGGACCUCAAACUGAAAGGUUGCUGCCAAAAUGAUACUGAAGUUGUGUAUUCUCAGCCCGAAGCAUCGACUGUACUCUUUUCUGUGGAUGCUUCUUGGCCUGCUGAGUUCCUCCAACACUUUGUGUGUGUGUAUGUGUGUGUUGCUCAGAUUUCCAGCCUCUGCAGAUUUUCUCGUUUAUGUAUUGUAAAUGCUGGAAACUUGAAAUCAAAUGGAAUGCUGGAAAUGCUCAGAUCAGACUGGUUGCUGAGCGAGGGAGAGGGAGAUAUAGAGAGAGAGAGACAAUAUUUUAGAUCUGUGACUUUUCUUCAGAAGUGAGAAGGCAAGCGAGUGGGUUCUCAGAAAAAAUAAAGAGAACAAAAAUCUGUUCAGAUGGAAACUAAGUAUUAAAUGUACACUGUCUGAGACCAGUUAAUCGUAGCUUGGAUGUAAAUAGAUCUUGGGAUAGAAGAGAAAAAAUGAACAAUGGCGGAAUUGAGAUGCGGAAUGCAACAAAAAACAAAAAUAAUGUGGGAAACACCCAUCAGGUUGGGCAGCGUCUGUGCAGAGAGGUUAAGCUUAAUCACCCUUGUGUGACCACUCCAAAAUACUCAAAAGUUUUCAAAAUUGGAAACUUUCACACAAUAACUUCAAACAAUUAAUGAAAUUAUUUCUGUCAUAUCCUUUGCACUUUUAUUUUUUAAAAAAGGCAACGACUUCUAUUGAUCUUAAUUGUCUGAUUCUGACGUGAUUAUAAAUGUUGCUGACAGAUUCACUGGCUGCUUCACAGUGAUGUGUCCAUCCUCAGACAGGUUAACACAAGCCGUAAAUAUUUCUGCUGGCUGUUUGCACUGGGCUCGGAAUGGUGCCUGUUGUUCCUCAAGUUAGAUUGUCCAAAGUUUUUUCAGUCGUACCAUCUUGCAGCAUAGGAGACUGGUCUGCCUACUAUGCCAACCUCCACAUCCCUCCAAAAUUGUCCUUUUCCAAUACUUGUGCAGAGACUCCUGAAGUUUCCUGUGGAUUAAUUUAUAAUCACUUUGAUGUGAAGUAUUUGGAUCCUAAACUCUUCCUCCUCCCCCCACUCUUACACCCACACCCCAGCCCUGGAUAAUCUAUACCAUAUGAUGGGCCAAUGGCUUAAUUCUGUUCCUGUGUCUUAUGGACUUGCCAUGCUGCUGAGAGCAUCUCCUGCUAUAGUUCCUGCUUCCUAUCAUCAUUGUUGCGUUUGCUCAGCUGCCCUCCAUUAGAUGGGUCAUUGAAAUCUAUCUAAUGAUCCCCUGUACAUUUCAGUCCAAGAUCCUGUUGGGCCCGGACAGCUCCCUCUUCAAUUCAAUGGUCAAAAUAUAGUUGGUGGCCACUUCAUUAGGUACAUUUUGGAACAGCUUCUGCUGCUGUAGGCCAUCCACUUCAAGGUUUGACGUGUUGUGUAUUCAGAAAUGCUCUUCUGCACACACAACGCAUGGUGAUUUGAGUUGCUGUCAGCUUGAACCAAUCUGGCUAUUCUCCCCUGACCUCUUUGCCCACAGAACUGGAUUUUUUUUUCACACCAUUCUCUAAACACUAUAGACUCCUGUGUGUGAAAAUCCUAGGAGAUCUGCAGUUUCUGUGACACUCAAACCACCCCGUCUGGUACCAAUAAUCAUUCCAUGGCCAAAGUCACUUAGAUCACAUUUCUUACCCAUUCUGAUGUUGGUCUGAACAACAACUGAACCUCUUGACCAUGUCUGCAUGUGUUCAUGCAUUAAGUUGCUGCCACGUGAUUGGCUGAUUAUAUAUUUGCAUUAAACAGGUGUACCCUUAUAAAGUGGCUGCUGAGUGUAGUUUCUGCUUCUGUUCAUCUUUGUUGGAAGAUGCCGGCUGAUUCGUUCAGCUGUACUCUAUUAUGUUGGCCUUUGAAAUCAAUCUUAUUAUCCGUGCAUAUGUUAGUCCUAGAUCCUAUUUGACCUGGACCGCUCCCUCUUGAAUGGUUAAGAUGCAUUAAAUCAUAACAGUUGAUUUCUCAAUUUCGGAACAGAUUUAUUAUUGCUGAAAUUUGCACAUGUCACAUAUAUCUUUUUAAAAAGUUACAAAACAAAAUCACAGCAAUAGCAUCUCCUUCCCCAAAGAGCACUGCAACUGUCUAUAAUGAGAAAGGAGUGACCUGUAACAGUAUAUAAAUAUUUUGAUAACGUUAAUGAAUUUAUUAAAUAAUUGAAUCUGUAUAUUAAAUGCACAUUCUAGAUCAAAUGAUUUUAUGAAGGGUUUAAUUAUUUUAUUUUGCAAGACCAGAAUAUAUUUUAGAAUUGUUUUGGGCCAUUUUCUCUCCUUGGCUCUUUGACUGCUGUAUUAUGGGAGAAAAUGGCCAACUUAACUCUGUGAAACCCCUGGUCGUCGGUGGUAACUUUUCAGCUCAAGAUGAAGAAGAUCAGGACAACUGCAUAGAACUUGCUUUCCAUUCCCCCUCCACCGCCCCCAUGUCAAAAAUGUUCAAAAAUAAUGAAUCUGUGCAGUUGUGGAGCAGGUUGAAGAUUAACUCUCCUCAAGUUAUCAGUAUUUAACUGAACAGUUAUAGGGGUUUUUUGUGCACUUGCAAUUUUUAUUGUGGAAUGUGAUCUAAAAUGCAAAACAAAAGUGCAUCCUAACAACAAUAUUGUAUUAUGACCAGCUGUGUUCUAUUCUAACUUCAUUCUUGUACUGUGAAUGGAAAUCUGUCCAGAUCCAAACCUGAUGUACUCAGUCUUCUGACCCAGUUUCCUGCAGAGUAUGUCUAAAAUGAAUAUUUAUAUUCUAAAUUGCCAAGAUGUUGUGAACAUCCUGGGGAGUCUGUAUUUGCUAAAAUAAAAUGUCAUACAAUGACCAAC